GGCUGCGCUAGCUUAAGUUUAAGUGGAGUCCGUCUUUGCCGAUUCGAUACCGCGCACGACGGCUACGCAAUGGAGAGCGACUGCCAGUUCUACAUGUUCGGCGCCCCGCCGGUAGACGCCGACGACGGGCACGGCCAGUUCCUGCAGCAGCCGCAGCUGAGCGGCGGCGGGGAGAGGAAGCGGCGGUUCACGGAGGAGCAGGUGCGGUCGCUGGAGAGCACGUUCCAGUCACGGCGGGCCAAGCUGGAGCCCCGGGAGAAGGCGGCGCUGGCGCGGGAGCUGGGGCUGCAGCCGCGGCAGGUGGCCAUCUGGUUCCAGAACAAGCGCGCGCGGUGGCGGUCCAAGCAGCUCGAGCAGGACUUCGCCGAGCUGCGGGAACACUACGACGACCUCCGCGCCCGGGUCGAGGCGCUCAAGCAGGACAAGCUCACGCUCGCCGCGCAGCUGGAAGAGCUGAAGGGGAGGCUGAACGAGCGGCAAGACCAGAGCGCCAGCUCCGACGGCGGCGCCGUCGCCGAGGUGGACGACGACAAGAGGAAUAACGUUUGCUGCCUCGUGGAGAGCGGGGCGACGGAGGCGGACGUCUCAGAGGACUCGGCCGCGGGAUGGUACGAGGACGACCACCUGGCGUACGGGGGUGGACUUCAGGAGCCGUUCUGCGCCACGCCGGAGCUGUGGGAGACGACAUGGCCUGUGCUGGAGUGGAACGCGGUAGCGUGAAUCAGCGAUCUGCAUAAAUCUCUGUGUACUCGUCUCGUGUGCCUGUAUAUGUACGUACGUCUUAGUUGUUGCGAGCUCGCUCAGCCGGCUGAUCGAUCCGGGCUCCGGCGACCACAUCAAUCGGGUUAGAUGUAGUGGUAGAAGAAAUAUCAGCAGGCAGCCUAGGGAGGGAUGCAAGCGGCCGGGGCAAACAGAGAAGAAGCGAUGCAAUCUACAUGCAUGCGCGCGGCCGCCGGCCGGUAGACGGUCGUUGUCUUCGUCGAGUGUCCGUGUAAAUGGCCGCAGGCCGCUCCGACGUGCCGCGUCGAUCUGGGUGUGUCACUCAUGUACGGUUCAUAUCGCGCGCGCCGUCGCUCGAAACAAAACUACAGUU